CCCGGAGAAAGUCAUCCACCAUCUUUUGUUCCUGGUUCGGAUUCGACUUUGAUCCCGAGAAAAUGGCACCGAAAAGCCAAGAGAACAUGGCCAAGAAUGCUUCAUGAGGUUCACUAAACGAGCCUUCAAUAAUUGCUUGCCAGGAAAAGUCGACUGUGCAUAGACCCUACAGUUAGUGGUACUACUGGGUACGUUUAGGUUGUACUCCAUAACUGCACGGUUCGGCGUCUGCCUAAAACAGUAAACCAGCCCUAUGGAGAUGAACCGGCUACUAAGUAACGUACGGAAUGCACGUGGGACGUCUCGCGCGCCUGAAUAGUGUCGAGUUGAAGCGCUAGUCAGCGAGGAAUACUCCAUUAUUCCAGAAGAUGCAUAACCCUCCAGAAAUUGGAUUCGUGGUCGGCCGUCCUGUUUCUGAGGAUGAAAGAUUUAUCGAUUUUGGUACUGUAGCCAACCCAACUCGAGUGGCCUUUCUCGGUGAAACCAUUUCCUUGUAAAUGCCGUGAGACCUCCAAAAAAGCCUACACAGAUGGCAGGCUAUAUCCUAGGCACGCGACUUCUUAUAAGUCGGAGUCAAAAAAGCAGUCGGGCAGCUCGAUAGUCGGUCAAUGAGGGCAAUUACCAGCCUUGCAGGACAAGCGCAACGCAAUCGGUCACUACCAAGAAGCUUAUAAUCGAGAAGCUAAGUGACGUGGCCAUCUAGUAAGUAUCUACAACGUCAAGAAAUCAAUGCGACGAAGAACAUUCUACGGUUUAAUGAUGUUGAUAGCCUAAUUAAUCAGGCACCAAGUGGCCGCCAAGGCACGGCGCCGGCGAAACGUUCCGCCAGCUGAGCUUAGGAACCAGCUACGUGAUGCAUCACUGGCCGUCCAACAAACCCAUCCAAACACCUCCCCGUCUCUCUCCCUUCCACCCCUUCUUUCGCGCCAUCGUCACAUUCAUCAGUCCCCAUCCGCAAUCAUGGGGUCUGAUCCGCAGUACAUCAAGUACCCUGACCUUGUCCUCGCCCAACAUGUCUUCAACCUCUCCAACCCUGCAUGCAAUCCAUCCACCCGUCAGGCCUCAUUGAAGAAGCUGCAAGAUGCGGUCACCGAGCGUAAAAUGGCCCCCUUCUACCGCCACCUGGCCCAUCCCGUUGAAGGCAUUCUGAACAACUCCGGCGAGGGCGUGACGCAACACCCGCACCCUCACAAUGCAGGGACUUCGAAGCCACUCAUCACCUCCAACAUGCUCACCACAAGAACGUCAUCCAAGAUUGAUUUCCCCUGGGAUGAGCAGCUCUAUCAGUCCUUAGUUGAGGAUAACAAGAAGGAACUAGAGAGUAUCCAGAAGGAGGAAGAGGAGGCAGAGGAAGCCGCGGGUGAGACCGAAGUUCAGGCCGCACGGGGGAAACGGGCCGAGUUUUGGGCUCGCGUUGGUGAUAAGGACAAAGCUAUCGAGUCACACGAAGCCCUCCUCGAAAAGAUCGGUUUCCUCGGCACCAAGAUUGACCUUGUGCUCGCCAUGAUCCGCAUUGGUCUGUUCUUUGGUGACCGCGUGUUCGUCAAGAAGAUUAUCGAGCGUGCAGAGGCUCUGGUGGAGAGCGGUGGAGAUUGGGAUCGGAGGAAUCGCCUCAAGGCCUACAAGGGCAUGCACCUUCUCACCUGCCGUUCAUACAGCCUCGCCGCUCCGCUCCUCCUCGAUAGCCUGUCCACAUUUACCAGCUAUGAGCUUUGUAGCUACUCCUCGUUGGUCAUCUACUCCGUGCUAGCGGGAUCUCUAUCCCUCAAGCGGGUGGACUUCAAGGCGAAGGUAGUGGAUGCACCCGAGAUCAAGGCCAUCCUGGGUGCCGGAGAGGAUCAGCUGGCCGCACUUUCUGGUGAGGUCUCAGCUGGGACUGGUGUCCGCGAUGAGGAGAUGAAGGAUGCGGCGGUGACCAAGUCGACUCCGUCGGCGGGAGCCACCACCGUCGUUAACCUGACCACUCUCGUUACCGGCUCAAGUGAGCAGGCAGAGAAUGAACCCCCCGUGGACUUCUCUUCUCUGGCCAACUUGGUCAACAGUCUGUAUAAUGGUAACUACCGCUCGUUCUUUGUGGCCCUCGCAGCCGUGGAGGACCACUUCCUGACCCAGGACCGGUACCUGCAUGAGCACCGGGCCUGGUUCGUGCGGGAGAUGCGCCUACGCGCCUACCAGCAGCUGCUUCAGAGUUAUCGGGUAGUGGGUCUGACCAGUAUGGCGAAUGACUUUGGAGUGACGGUGGAUUACUUGGAUCGGGACUUGGCGAAAUUCAUCUCCAGCAACCGUAUUGCCUGCACGAUCGACCGGGUCAAUGGAAUUAUCGAGACCAAUCGGCCCGACGAUAAGAACAAGCAGUACUCGGACGUGGUUAAGCACGGCGAUGCCCUGAUCACGAAGUUGCAGAAGUACGGACAAGCGGUCCGCCUGCGGGGCAGUGAGCGCAGUUAGAUCGGGUGCCUUUGAGAUAUUUUAAUUGGCGCAGUGUCCUUGUUUUAGUUAGAGAUGACUCGGUGAUACCACCAUCCGUCCAUGUCUGAACGCAGAAAUAUUAUCUAACAUGAUCCAACGUGAUCCACCCGUGUGUUGUGUGCAGACCGUAGCAUAGCA